CCCUGUUACCAGUAUGAAGAGAGGCGGGACACCAUUGAUAUCUACUUGAGAAGGUUUGAACAUUGCGCCCCCCUUUAUUGGAUACCAGAGGAUAAAUGGAAUAUCCGAUUAGCUCUCACGCUUGUUGGAGAUGAUUAUGGAGCAUAUAGCAAUAGGUGUGCCGACGAUAUCAUAAGCUUUCGUGUUCUUAAAUCUGCGUUGUUAAAGAGGUAUAAACCGACAACGUCAAGGUAUAAAAGAAGACUCCGCAGCUCACAACUGGAAAAAAAGGAAAUAGUAAAACUAUGUUGUAAACGAAUU